GAAUUAGAACUGGUCACACUGGCUUGUCUGGAUCGAGAUUUCAGCUCGUCAACAAUUGCGCACUAAAUUUUCAGUAAAAACAAACAAGUUGGUCGUGCGGAGGCAUCAAGAACACAGCAUACGAGCAGCCAUGACAAUUCUGGGAAAACUGCGGGGACAGCCCACGGACCAGGAGAAGGUGCCCCUGCCCAUGAACCUCAACGACGAGGCGCUCAUGCACCAUGGCUCCCUAAUCGCAGUGAGUUUUGCUUGGCAUCGCAUCUGCGGGAUGUGUCCUUAUUUUUGCGCAAUCGUGCUAUGUCCUUGUCCAUCCCUCGCGCCCUGCCCGCCACCGUGUCCUUCGUCCUGCGGCCCGAGAGCCACAAGUCUCGUGAUGGGUGGGUGGUUGGUGCUGAUUCCGAUUCGGAAUCCAUUCCGAAUUACAGCCUCAGCAGCAGCAGCUCGCCAUCGAUUUUUCCCCGACCAAGCUCCGCACUCCUUGGUGUCCUUGUGGCCCGUGCUUCCCCUUACCCCCCUGCCCGCAUGCAACCCCUGCUCCACUCCAAGUGACGUGUGCCCAUUCACUUUCCUGGGCUUUCCGCGCCAAGGACUCGCUCGCUCGCUCCCCGAGGUCAGCGCGAAGGGUUUUCCUGUUGCUGGUGGAGAUUGGCCCUGACGGCUGGGGAAAGCCACUUACGGUGCCAGUUGCAGCCCUUUGUGAGCUGCUGACACUGUGCACUUUGACCUCGAUUCGUGUGCACGGGUAUCCAGAGAAAGUCGUGUCUUAUCAGCUUGCUGGUCAUAAGCACAAUCAUUCCCAGCUGCCAGCUCCCAUCUCCCAUCUCCCAGCAUAUUUGCCCAUCUGCAGUUUAUUUAUUUAGUGUAGAUAUCACUAAUUUUCCAGAGAUUUAUAUACAAUCAUACAUUUACAUAUGAGUUAUGCACUACAUAGUCGAAUAAGGUCCACUCUAGUGCAUGCAAAUGCCUUCAAUUGAUUAAUUUUUUGCAAGGGGAUCUCUUCUGACCCCUCCUUAGACUAAUCUCUCGCUAACGACGUAUCUUUCGAAACAAUUUUGACUUAGCAAUGCAAUUGCAUUGUUUAUAGAACAAGAGAAGGCAUUGCAGUGAAAAAUUAUCUUGCUGAGCUGGCGGAAAAUAUAAAUGUGUGAUUAAUAUUCAGCAAGCUCAAACCUUUCGACUUGUGGAACUUCCACUAUCAACAUUACAGUCAACUGCCUUCUAUUUGUAUUUUUCUACGACUUAUCGUCGUUUUUAUGACUUUCCACUGGAACAAUGGGUGAUAAGGAAACAGAUAUAACAAGUCGGUCAUUUUAGAUAACUUUAGAUUGUAUAUAAAACUGCUACUUUUCCAUUGCAAUUUGUUGUUCCUACAAAAUUGCAAGUGACACUUAGAGGAGUAUCCCAUAUUUUUAAAACCCCCCAUUUUCCACACACAGCCCAAGGUUGCUUACAGCGAUAAUGAAGCCGACGCGGAAUCCAUGGUCUUCAACCGGCCGCAGCACCAUUGCAUCAAAUCCUUUCUGCUGUUCCUGAUCGCCGUAGUCGUGAUGCUCCUGGGUGUCCUGGGCGGAUGGACCCUGUACCGAGUGUACGCUCCGUCGCAUAGCAGCAUGCGCUACCACGCCCUGUGCGAGAUCCCCUAUCCGGAGGACUCGAUGGAGAUGGCGCGGGUAUAUCCGCGCACCGUGGAACCGUUCGCCCUGAACUGGCGCUCCUUGCUACCCGAGCUCGCGCAACCGAUGCCCAACAGUGGAUCGCUGGACGAGAGCCACUUCCGCGAGGACAUCGAACUGGACGGUGACAGCGAUGACGAGGGCUACGCACGCGUGGACGUGCCCGACUUCAAGGAUGGACGUCGUGGUCGCUUCAUGCACGACUUCAAGGAGAACCAGUCGGCCAUUAUCGACACUACCACCGGACGGUGCUUCAUCAUGCCCUUGGAUCGGGACACGACCCUGCCCCCGACCAGCUUUGUGGAUCUCAUAAAGAAGAUGAGCACUGGCUACUACAACAUAGAUACGGAGCGCGUGCGGCGCCAGAUGCGUGUGGUCAUGCCCCGCAUCACCGAUGUCUCGCUCAUCUCGGAGCGGAUUGCCAACGAGUGCUUCGAUAUGAAGGUCUACAUGAUGGAGAAGUUCGUCUCAGGCGUCUCGAAGAGAUCGGCUGAUCCGCUGCCGGAGUCAGCCAAGUACGCCGAGUUCAUGGGCAAGGGCGUCAUCGAGUACGACCUGGCCAACAUCGCCGAGGUGGAGGCCUACGAGGCCAACGAGGCUAGGCAACAGGCCUGAGCUUUGGAGGAGGAGGAGGAUCUUUUAAGCUACAACACCCAUAUGAUAACACAACCUAAACAAAUUAUUACUUAGAAUCGAUUUAUACAUACACAGAGCCAUGCCUACAAGUCUAGAUCUGGUUACCACUGGUUAGCAGGACACACACCCACUCCGGGUGGAUAUAUCAUCAUUGGCCAAGCGAGUUUAGCAAAUUAUAGACCCUAGUAAGGAAGCGUAACGAAAAUGUACCUAGAACGCAAUCAAAAGCGAUCGACGAAAUUGUGACAAAUACGUGAAAUGUAUUAGCCUCGAGGGCGGAUUGAAAGGAUACGGAGAGAUUGGAUCGGUACACGCGCACAGACACACUGCGGCAUUCCAAGUACAUAUUUUAUAUAUAUGCUCUUAAACUCUAUUCUAACAAUUAAUGUAUAGAACGGAUUCAGAACGAAGCUAUUUACAGCAAAAACAACCUGAGGGCGGAAAACAUGGCAACUAUCAGCAUGCGUAAGAGAAACAAGUAAAUUAAUCUAAAUGUUCUUUAAACUACUUACAUGUAUUAAACGCGAAUUUGUGAUCUUU